AUGUCAAAUGAAAUUUCUGAAAUAUUUUCGGGCGCGAAAAACGCGUCUGUAAACCAAGUUUUAUUUUUGAGGGAUCGGCAAAAUUAUAGCGAGCAAAGAGGUAAUUUUGAAGCUACUGAAGAAAGGGCAUGGUCUUUCACAAUAAACCGAAACAAAGAAUUCAAUAACGAUAACGAUAAUGUACAAAGUCCAAUAGAUGAAACUAUUGACACCAUAGUACAUACUACAUUGGAUAAUGUUAUCGAACAAGUAGUAAGUGAAACUGAGAGAAGUGUAUCGGAACAAAAACUGGACGAACUUUCCGAAAUUUCUUUGAAAUGUGCUGAUGAAUAUGAAAUUUCGGAAUAUACUGAUGAAUAUGAUAUUUUAAAAUGUGGAGAAGAAGAGGACGACGAAGAUAACGCUAUAAAUACUAAGUAUCAGAAUCAAAAAUCCUUGCAAGCCUAUAAUGACUUUGAUGAAAACAUGGAAAAAGAAACGGUAGUUAUUGAAGAUUCUUCAAGUGAUUUUCUGCCUCAAGUUGCAACAAAUCUGUUUCAUACAGUUCAAUCUUGUAUCACUUUCCUAAUCAGUGGUAUUAUUUUAUGGAUAUUUAUUAAGGAGGUGGCAAAAAUCUAUUCGCCAAUUUUUGAUUUCUUCUUUUUAGAGAAAAACAUCAAAGCGCAAAAAAUUGAGAAUAAUGUAAAUGAUGAUUUAGACGAUAGAAGUAAACCCAUCGAAAAGUCUAAAAGUUAUUUGAUCUCGACACAUGAUAAAAAUGGUUUGUCUUCAAAUGAUGACUUAGACGAGAUAAGUCAACCCAUCGAAAAGCCAAAUAUUUAUUUUAUCUCGACACAUGAAACAAAUGCUUUUUCUUCAAGUGAUGACUUAGACAAUAGAAGUAAAUCCAUCGAAAAUUCUAAUAAUUAUUUGAUCUCGACACAUGACACAAAUAUUUUGUUUUCAAAUUAUGACUUAGACGAUAGAAGUAAACUCAUCGAAAAGUUUAAUAAUUAUUUGAUCUCAACACAUGACACAAAUAGUUUGUCUUCAAUUGAUGACUUAGACGAGAGAAGUAAACCUAUCGAAAAUUCUAAUAGUUUGAUCUCGACACAUGAAACAAAUGGUUUGUCUUCAAUUGAUGACCUAGGCGAGAGAAGUAAAUUCAUCGAAAAUUCUAAUAGUUGUUUGAUCUCGACACAUGACACAAAUGUUUUGUCUUCAAAUAAUGACUUAGAUGAGAGAAGUAAACCCAUUGAAAAGUCUAAUAGUUGUUUGAUCUCGACACACGAUACAAAUGUUUUGUCUUCAAUUGAUAACCUAGGCGAGAGAAGUAAAUCCAUCGAAAAGUCUAAUAGUUAUUUGAUCUCGACACACGAUACAAAUGGUUUGCCUUCAAUUGAUGACUUAGGCGAGAGAAGUAAAUCCAUCGAAAAUUCUAAUAGUUAUUUGAUCUCGACACAUGAUAAAAAUGGUUUGUUUUCAAAUGGUGACUUAGACGAUAGAAGUAAACCCAUCGAAAAUUCUAAUAAUUAUUUGAUCUCGACACAUGACACAAAUGUUUUGUCUUCAAAUAAUGACUUAGACGAGAGAAGUAAACCCAUCGAAAAGUUUAAUAGUUGUUUGAUUUCGACACACGAUACAAAUGGUUUGUCUUCAGAAAUAAAUGUUGGAUGUUCGACUAAUGAUAUGGAUAAAUCUGACAAAAGUAAACCAGAAGAUUAUCCGCAAAUUAUUUCAGAAAUAGAAAUUCAAGACAAUCAGGAUUUUGAUGAAGAGGACAAUAUACUUGAUCAAAUAUUGGAUAGGAAUAGCGAUUUGAUGCCAAUCGAUGAAGAGGUUAAUAUGCAUGAUUGUAUCUUUGAUGGAAAUGACGACUUAAUUCCGACAGAACAUAAUUUAUCAAAUGAUAAAAAUUAUUCACAUUAUUCUUAUUUCGCAAAUUCAGAGAAUGAAAUCCAAAACAAUAAUAAUAAUUUGCGUGAUUAUAUUUCGAAUAAUAACAAUAGGAUUCGUUAUAUUUCGAACAAUAACAAUAAGAUUCGUUAUAUUUUGAAUAAUAAUAAUAAUGAAUUGUGUGAUUAUGUUUCGAAUAAUAACAAUAAGAUUCAGAAUGAAAUCCAUGACAAUAAUAAUUUGCGUGAUUAUAUUUCGAAUUAUAACAAUAAGAUUCGUUAUAUUUCGAAUAAUAAUAAUAAUGAUGAUGAUGAUGAAUUAUUAUCAAUAGAACAAAAUUCACCGAAUUACGAAAAUCAAAAUGAAAACAAUAACAAUCAGAAUAUUUAUUUAUCUCAUGAAAAGGAUCAUAUGCAAAAUUGUAUCCCGAAUAUGAAUGGAGACUUAAUUUCAACAGAACAGAAUUUACCGAAUAAUGAAAAAAAUGAAAAUUCCCCAUUCUAUUCUCAUUUUACAAGCGAAGAGAAUAAUAUUCUAACAUCUGUUCUUGAAAAAAAUCAUUAUGAAACAACUACGCUUUAUAGUGAAAAACAAAAUUUAGUAUCUAGAUUACCUCAGAAAAGGUUAAGAAUUACGCGCAGCAAAAGCAAGCUACAAAAGGAUGUAACUAGUAAUAUGAGCCUCGAAGAAAAAAAGCAAUUGUUAAAUAAAGUGCGUCAAAAGAAAAUGAUGUUAGAGAAGGAUCUGAAGACUGUGACAAAAGAAAAUACUAAUCGAAAUAAAGAAUACUUAUGUGAUCUUGAUGUUGUUGUUGUACAUAAAGAUGGUUUUAGACCACCUAGUCCUACAACAAAACUACCAAUAAAAUCAAAAAAGAGUAAAACCACCUCAUUUAUUCCAAUUCCUAAGUCACGUCACGGACGGAAAGAAAUAAAUGAUAAUAGUGAAGAAAACGGAGAAAAUGGAGAGGACGGAAGAGGUGUACAUUGGGAUGAAGAGAAACUUCAACUUUUUUCGCCACGAAUUAUGUCUUCACCUUCCGUGGCAAAACAGAAACCUAUACCAAAAUCCUGUUUAAAGCAACCGAAUCGUGUUACGGAUUCUUUCGGGAACGUUUUUGACGCCAAUGAAAGUUUGAUUCCUUCAUUACAAAGAGGGAUGAAAGUUAAAGUGAUGAAAAUUAAAUAUCAAGAUGACGAUGACUAUGAAUAA